AGGCCCCGCCCCUAACCCGCCGCGUCUCACCGAGGAGCCGCGCGGAGGAGGACCCGCUGCCUCCUGUUGUUUAUUUAAUAUUUGUAUUUAUUUUAAUAUUUUUUAUUUUAACCGCCCCCCCUCCCUCCUCCUCCUCCUCCUCCUCGGUGCGUUUGUUUGUGUGUCGGCGAGUCCCGGCGGUGUAACCGGAGAGGGGCCUCGCGGAGGGAAUGCAGGACCGCCAUGGAGCACAAUGUGAUUCAGUGGUUGGGUGCUCCGUCCUGCCAGCGAGGCAGCUACGCCUUCUACAAGUCGGUGAGCAGCCGGGCUCGGGCCGACGGGCCGGUCCAGGUCUGGAGGCUCGGGGAGUUCUACUUCAUCCGCUGUGGACCUCAGGACCCGGUCUGCAUCGCUGAGGUGACUCUACUCUGGGAAGACCAGACCCGGCGCCACCUCCUGGCCAGCGCCAGACUCUACUUCUUACCGGAGGACACACCGAAGGGCCGGACCAGGGAGCACGGAGAGGAUGAGCUGUUGGCCGUGUCCAGGAAGAUGGUCCUGCGGGUGGAGGACCUGGUGAGGUGGUCGUGCGUGGAGCCGGCAGGUUGGAGUCACAGUCCGAAGCUGCCGACGGUCCCGACCAACGGCCUCCACAAACUUCCACAGACCGUCGACGUCAUCAGCGACGUUGUCGGUCUGUCGGACUCGAACGUCGAGCCGUUCAAAAACAAAACUGAGAACGGCCCGUCGGAGCGUCAGGGCGUCCGAGUGCUCAGUUACCCGCAGUACUGUCGCUUCCGCUCGCUGCAGAGGCGCGUCCUGGACGGGGCGAGGGGGGCGGGGCUACAGGACCCCCACCUGCUGGCGCUGGGGGGCGUCAGGGCGCCGCCCAGCGCCCGGCUCAUGUACUGCAGGGACACGUUCAACCACCCGACGCUGGAGAGCAGCGCCGGCUUCUCCUGGCAGUUCGCCGGAUGUCCGUCUCUCAGUCUGCGAGGUCGACCUCGCAAGAGGAGGGGCCGCGACGGCAAAGACUCCCCGACCUCCGGCCAAUCAGAGUCGUGGAUCGAGAGGAUGAAGGAGAACGUGAUGGGCAGCGUGGAGCUGGGCUGUGAGAGCAGCUGGCUGCCUCACCCUGAGGAGCAGCUGUUCCUGGAUCAGCUCUUCACCUUCAUGGAGCGUCAGGGGGCGGCGAUCCACAAGGUCCCGAACCUGGGUUUCAAGAAGAUCGACCUCUUCCUCAUGUACUCUGUGGUCAAACGUCUCGGAGGCUACGACAAGGUGACGUCGGACCGACUGUGGAAGGUGGUCUACAACGAGCUGGGCGGUUGCCCCGGCAGCACCAGCGCCGCCACCUGCACCAGGAGACACUACGAGAGGCUGAUGCUCCCGUACGAAGAGCACCUCCGAGCGGGAGGAACCGAAUUCAAAAUCCCAGAAUCCCCGACUCCUCCUCCCAAACCCCGAGGCAUCCGAGGGAGGAAACCACUUCAGAGAGGAAGGAAACCAAGACCCAAAGCCAAGGAGAAGACGACGACGACGACAUCGCCCGCCGCUGCUCUUCCUCUUCCUCCUCCUCCUCCUCCUCCUCCUCCUCCUCCUCCUCUUCCUCCUCGUACUGUCGUGAGCCCGAGCGGUGGCGGCGGUGGCGGCUGCGUGUUGAUGGUGAAGCGUGGACGAGGUCGUCCACCGGGAACUCGCAACAAGGCCACGCUGCUCGCUCAGGCCAAGCUGCUCGCUCAGCAGCAGGCCAAGGCCAAGGUGGUGGAGACUCCGCAGCAGAGUCGAGGACCACCGACCCCGAGCGGCGCUCACAGGCCGAACCUCCUCCCCGUCAACAUGCCCCUCACCCCGGACCUCUCCCCCAUGUCCGCCCCCUUCCUCCCCUUCCAGCCCAAACCAAAUGACCCGACGUCGGACCGAGGCGAGUCCGCGGCUCCUGCUCCCACCGUGCUCCUCGCCACGCUGCCUCGCCACUUUGUCGGAGGAUCUCUGGGCGGCUUCAGCCCCAUCAAGGGCGUGUGUCCUCUGGACGUCUUCAGGAACCACGUCAGCCUCCAGCGGGGCCCGGAGAGCCCAGCGCUGACGCCCCAGGACCCGGCCCAGCACCAUCCCACCAUCUACCCCCUGCAGCCCAAGAGCGGGAGCCCGGACACCCCUCAUCCCGGCGGGGACCAGCACCACAACCGCUGCUCGGGGUGCAACGUGGACGACGGAGCCCAGAGAGGGGGCAGCCGGGACGCCAGGAGCCGGCCCCCGCUGCCCCCUCUCCGGGUCCUGCCCCUGAACCUGGACUGCAGCGUUCAGGUGUGUCAACUGAUGAGGACUCGUCAUCUGGACUCGUCGCAGCUGCAGAACUUCACCCGCCGACUGUCCGAGGCUCUGUCCCAGGACCUGAGCGCCAAGCCGCCAUGCUCCCCCAUCACCCCGCCCCCCGAGCAGGCGCUGCCCCUCAACCUCAGCAAGCGCUUCACGGUGAAGCGACCCGGCGCAGACGGACCGGAGUCGAGCCGGGCGGCGAUCAACGGGAACGCGGAGCAGCCGUCGUCCAAGAGACCCAGAUCCGGUUCGGAGCAGGAGGAGGACUUCCCCCCGGGGGGGCGGUCCAGCUCCGGAGGAGCGCCAGAGACGGAGCUGAAGAACCAGGAGGAACCCGCAGACCUGAGCUCGCCGAGCAGGAUCAGGGCUUUCCUGCUCGGGCUGCCCCCCUUCCAGGUGAAACUGGAGGACGACCUGAACGGUACCAGGUUCGGGAAGUUUCUUCCCCCGGGACCUGAAGCAGAAACCAAGCGGACUGAGACGGAGAAACCGGAGGCCGGAGCGGCAAUAAAGAAAGAAGCGAAGAAGGAGGAGGCGGUCGACAACGACCUGGAGCGACUUGACGUACAGACGUCGGAGUUGGAGGAGAACGGUCCCGCCCCCUGCUCCGGUCCGGGCCCCGCUGAGCUGCAGAGGGCGGAGCCUUCAAACACUGACACUCACUGUUAUUAGGAUUUUCUCACUCUGCGGAUAUGAAACAAAAAAAAACAUUUUGGGGGGGAAUCUGGGAAGUAGUGGUCACCGUCGGGGCUUUGGUGUUGGUCUGAACUCGUGGAGCGACGACGUUCCUACGAGAACUUCUGAACCCUGAACUUGUCUUUGUUUCCCAUUUUCCUGCUUUUCUUUCUUUCUUAUUUUUUAAUUGAACUUUGCAGAGGAAACUCGUGACAAUCAGUUUCUCUUCCUCUACGUUCGUCUCUUUAACGUAAAGACGACAACCAGAGGAGUGAGACUCGUUAACAAACACUGCCAUAACCUCCAUGACACUAUUAACUCCACCCUUCAAUGUUACAGUGAAAUAUUGAAUAAGAUCCAUGAUAAUUAAAGUCAAUAUUAUAUAUAUAUAUAUUAUGGGUGAUGCUAUGCAUCAGGGCGUCAUCUAGAGUGUACUGUACGUCUGUAGUUUCAUUUUUAAAUCCUACUCUUACUUCUUCAGAGAGAUAGUUAUUUUUCUGCUGCUCGUUCUUCACGUUAUAGCUCGUUAGGGCGAGCGUUUCCUGUUCGUUGGGCGAAGCGUUUCCUGCCCAUUAUCGAUGAACGCUUCUGACACACUCGUGCCUUAAACCGGCGGCGACUCCGUUCGCUCGCCGGCUUCACACUCAUCCGCGCGGAGCGAUACCUUGACGUCGGAUCUGUUUCUCUUUCAGCGGGGCUGGAUGUCGACUGAGCUCGAAACUAAUUUCUCACAUUUUAAAUCACGAAUGUUAAUAAAGAUGGACGACGCGUCCCCAUGUCCUCCUGCUGUACGAAAAAAAAUGCAGCCGCCGUCUUGUGCUGAUGAACAAACCAUCUUUGGAAAACUUUACUUUUUUUGGCCCAUGUCCCAUCUACUAACAUAGAGGGGGCGGGGCUUAUGACCUAUACUGCAGCCAGACACCAGGGGGCGAUCCAGGGGAUUUGGGGCCGCCACGUCGUCCAUCUUUAUUUACAGUCUGUAGCUGCUUGUCACUGAAGUCCGGACAUUUCCCUGAACUUUUCUGGAGGAGAUGUAUGUCAGAACACAAAAGUUUAUCUAGAACUUUUCAUGCAAACUCCAAAAAUGUCCGGAGAGCUUAAGUUUUUAGUCGCCAGGUCUGGUUCCCAGCCCCGCUGUUCGCAUCGCGAGGCCCGCCGUGGCCUCGCCGCCACCGCCAUCUCGUUCUCAUCACCACCACGACGUCACGUCAUCAGCUGUUCACAUGUGAACGUGUAGCCCGAACAUUCAGACUACCUCAGGUUUUUUCACACACAAAAAAUGCAUUUCCCACCAGCGGCGUCUGCGUCGGGGGGGCGGGGCCUAGUCUACUAAUCUUAAUGCGUAUUUGUUUAAAAUGGCUGCCGGUCCGUGACGCACAGUCACACCUGGUGUUAACGGAUUAGAGCUGUGAUAUUGUGGGAGGCUACGCUACGUACGACUCUUACGAAGAAGAGGAACUCAUCUGGGUCUAGACGGAACCAGGCCAGCUGUUUCCCUCUGCUUCCAGUCUUUGUGCUACGCUAAGCUAACGUGGCUGAGAUGCCUCCGCUCCCUCUUCCUCCUCUUCUUCUUCCCCCUCCUCUUCCUCUUCUCAUUCAAAGUGCCAACACGAAACACAUCGACGCCGAGUUGUGACGAUCAAGUCCUGCGUCGCUGAAACAAGUCCAACGUCACGGUCUCUCUCGACUCGCAGCCUUUUCCCUUCGACUCGUCUGUUUCGUUUCUCCCGCCACAGGCGACGGUUCAGAUUUGCACACCUACUGUACCUGUUUGCUUCAUUCGGUCUUUUUUGUUUUGCAUAUUUAUAUCUGCCAAGUUUUUUUAUUAUUAUGAAUUUUAUUUCCUUCUUGUCGUUGUUUUGUGUUUUUGACCCGAGUGGUGGAAUCGACCACGACACCGAAACAAACUGGUGCUGUUUAUUCGUAGUUACGUAGUGUUGCCAUAUUGUUGUUGUUAUUAAUUUUCUCGACAAAGCUGCAAAAUCUUUUCUUCACAGGAAGUCGUCAAAUCUACUCCGACACAGAUUUAAUCAGAUUUUCUUUCUUCUUCUUUUUUGUCCAGAGUUUAAAGAAAAAAUUAUCAUAAAGAAUUUAAUUAAACGACGCGGCGACUUGUUAUGGAAA